UGGUUUCCGCACGUGGGUAAACCCCUCCCUCGCUCGCGAUCGGGUGUACUGCCGAGUCUUCCGCAAGAUGGGCAAGAAGGGCAAAGUGGGCAAAAGCCGAAGGGACAAAUUCUAUCACCUCGCCAAGGAGACGGGAUUCCGCUCCCGUUCAUCCUUCAAGCUUAUCCAGCUGAACCGAAAAUUUCAGUUCCUUCCUAAGUCUCGGGCACUUUUGGACCUGUGUGCUGCUCCUGGAGGAUGGCUGCAGGUGGCUUCAAAAUUUAUGCCAAUAUCCAGUCUUAUUAUUGGAGUUGAUCUUGUCCCCAUCAAGCCCAUCCCUAAUGUGGUAACACUGCAGGAAGACAUCACCACCGAGAAAUGUCGCCAGGCCUUGCGCAAGGAACUGAAGACAUGGAAAGUGGAUGUGGUGCUGAAUGAUGGGGCUCCCAACGUGGGAGCCAGCUGGGUCCAUGAUGCCUUUUCACAAGCCAACCUGACCCUGUCGGCCCUCAAGCUGGCAUGUGACUUCUUGUCCAAGGGCGGCUGGUUCAUCACCAAGGUCUUCCGGUCCCGGGACUACCAGCCCCUCCUCUGGAUCUUCCAGCAGCUCUUCCGCAAGGUGCAAGCCACCAAACCGCAGGCCUCGCGGAAUGAGUCGGCCGAAAUCUUCGUGGUCUGCCAGGGCUAUUUGGCCCCAGAUAAAAUUGACAGCAAGUUCUUUGACCCCAAGUUUGCCUUCAAGGAAGUGGAGGUGCAAGCCAAGUCUGUAACUCAACUGGUGACCCAGAAGAAGCCAAAGGCAGAAGGAUAUGAAGAUGGUGCCACAGUUCUUUACAACCGCUGCAUGCUGACAGACUUUCUGAAGGCCUCCAACCCUGUUGACUUCCUAGCCAAUGCCAGUGAGAUUGUCCUUGACAGUGAAGAGCUGGAGCGCCAUACUGCUACCACCAACGAAGUGCGCCACUGUUGUCGGGACAUCCGUGUUUUGGGUCGUAAAGAGCUGCGGGUGCUGCUGAAUUGGAGGACAAAACUGAGGCGGUUCCUGGUCAAGAAGCUGAAGGAGCAGGCCAAGGAAAUAGAUAUCAACUUGAGUUCUGGAGAAGAAGGGGAAGGAGAGGAAGAGACACAGCCCAAACAGGCAGAUGCAGACACCCAGGGCGGAGAGGAAAACGAAGAAAAAGAAGAGGAAGAGCUCGAGCUAAAACUUGCUGAGCUCAAAGCUCAGGAGAUGGCAGAAUUAAAGAGGAAGAAACGCAAAAUCCUGCGUGAGCGGCGGCGACAGCGAGAACGCGUGGAGCUCAAGAUGGAUCUUCCUGGUGUUUCUGUAGCUGAUGAUGGGGACACAGGGAUGUUCUCCCUCCGGGCCAUUGGCAAAAGCCAGCUGCUGCAUGAGGUGGCUCAGGGUGACAUGGCGGCAGCCGAUUCCUUUGUGGCAACCACGGCAGAUGGGGACCAUGAUCUUUCACUCUCAGAAGGUGGAGAGUCUGACAAUGAUGAUGUGUCUUUGGCCAGCGAGUUGGAUGAUGAUGAGAUGGCAGAGGUAGAGCAGCGCUCUAGCCAGAUGAAGCAGGCCCGUGUCCCAAAGAGGUCGGCUGGUGAAGAGGAGGAGGAGGAUCCCGAGGGAGAGAAUCCUCUUCUGGUCUCCCUGGAGGGCAAGGAGGAGCGGGAACAGCAUCAGACCAACCUGUGGUUUGGCAAGGAAGCUUUUGCUGGAAUUGACGAUGAUGCUGACGAAGCUCUGGAGAUUGGGCAGGCACAGACUUUGUCCCAGAGACAGGCACAACCUCCAACAGUUUCUAGAAAAGCAAAGAAGAAAAAGAAGCUGCCGCAGCAUGAGGCUUCACCAGAGUUGGGUUCCAAGGAAAGGCUGGAAUCUGAACAACCCGAAGGCCAAGCUGAAGAGACAGGUUCUGACACAGAGGACAGCGACAGCAACGAAGAGAGGGAGCAGCCAGGGCCACGUGCAGGAGCAAAGCGACCUAGAGGGGAACCAGGGCAUAUUGAGGUGAUCCCCAUUGAAGACCCAGUGAAACGAGCUCGGGUUCUGGACCCUGAGGGACUGGCAUUAGGAGCGGUCAUCGCAACCUCCCGAAAAGCCAAGAGAGACUUAAUUGAUAAUUCUUUCAACAGGUUCGCAUUUAAUGAGGAAGAUGGGGAGUUACCUGAAUGGUUUGUCCAUGAUGAGCACCAACAUCGGCGCAAGCCACUGCCUCUGGACCGGCAGACAGUAGAAGAGUACCGCCAACGCUGGCGGGAGAUUAAUGCCCGGCCUAUCAAGAAAGUGGCAGAGGCCAAGGCUCGCAAGAAGCGCAGGAUGUUGAAGAAAGUAGAGCAGAUGAAGAAGAAAGCAGAGUCUGUGGUGAACACAGUAGACAUCUCAGAACGUGAGAAAGCUGCCCAGUUGCGCAGCAUCUACAAGAAGGCAGGGUUAGGAAAAGAGAAGCGGCAAGUGACCUACGUUGUGGCCAAGAAGGGUGGAGGCCAGAAAGUUCGACGGCCUGCUGGAUCAAGGGCCAGUUCAAGGUGGUGGACAGCCGCUUGAAGAAGGAUAUGAGAGCCCAGAAACGCAAGGAGCAGAAGCCUAAACGCCGACGACAUAAAUAAACUCUUUUCAUGGUGGGCCACUCUCAUGAGUAGGUCUCCCUCAAAAACAUCAGGUUCUUUGAAGGACACACUGGAACAUGUAACCAUGCCUGCAGGCUUACCAAACAGCAAUUGAUGGGGUAGCCCUUGCCCUACGGACUGCUUUUGUGGUGUAGCUGCCAAUAUACCAGACUUUCUCCACCUGCAACAUACAUGGUGUCUGGUGCUUUAACAACAAAAGCUCAGACACUGGUGGUGCAGCCUGCAAGGGCAUUGUCAUUUUUUUCUACUGUCCUUCUCACCUUGUGUCCAUGGAGAUGGCCUUUGUGAAUGCCUUUCUUGCACAUUUGUGUUUAAUAAAUACUUGUUUUCUUAAA